AUGUAUUAUUUACGAAAAAAUUUAAUUAAUAAUAAUAAUAAUAAUAAUCAAAAUUUUUCAAUUGAUUUUCUUAUGCCAUGUCAUUCAACACCAUAUUAUAAUUUUAUUCAUCAAAAUGAUAUUCAAUUAAAUUUUUUAACAUGUGAACCAAAUUUAGAUGAUAUAACAAAUAAUUAUAUUGAUGAAGCUGAUCAAUUUUUUUAA